CUGCCUAACCUCUUCUACCUUGCUCAAAAAGUAAAUAUUGCUUAUCUAUAAAUCUAUACCACGUAAUUAAAUCGCGUCAGAUUCUAUUAUAAGGUGAAAUAAUGACAUAAAUUUCUGGUUUGAGGUACAAAAGGAAACAAAAAUAAUCCAAGAGAAACAUCAUUCGAAAUUAUUUGUUUGUAUACUAUAAAUAAUAAAAUCAGAGCCAAACAAUGCUUAAAGCUGUUAUACUAAUAGGCGGUCCUCAAAAAGGAACAAGAUUUCGUCCUCUUUCACUUGACAUACCAAAACCUUUAUUUCCUGUUGCUGGACUACCCCUGAUACAACAUCACAUCGAAGCAUGCAUUCUAUUGAAGGACCUCAAAGAAAUAUUGCUCGUUGGGUUUUAUCCCGCGAAUCAAAUAGAACCUUUCGUCAAUGAUAUGCAGCAGUUGUAUAAGAUCUCGAUCAAAUACCUCCAGGAGUUUGUAGCUCUUGGAACAGCUGGUGGCCUUUUUCAUUUUAGAGACCAAAUUAGACUGGGAAAUCCUGAUGGAUUUUUUGUGUUGAAUGGGGAUGUCUGUGCAGAUUUCCAAUUGACUUCUUUGUAUGAGUUCCAUAAGAAAAAUACAGGUAGCUUAGCAUCUGUAAUGUAUACUGAGGCUACAAGACAACAGUCGUUGAAUUUUGGGUGUAUGGUUAUCGAUAAGAAAACAAAUGAGGUAACACAUUACGUCGAAAAACCUAGUUCGUAUGUGUCAUCGUUCAUCAAUUGUGGAAUAUACAUUUUUUCCUUGGAUAUAUUUCAAAUCAUUGGAGAAGUUUUCUCAAGCAAACAGAAUGAUGUUUACAAUAAACUUGACAAUGGAAAUGGAAAUAAAGAAACAAGCCAUAUACAGCUGGAGCAAGAUAUUCUUGCUCGUCUUUCUGGUACCGGAAAAUUCUUCGGAUGGCAUCUCGAUACUUGGUGGUCCCAAUUGAAGACUGCUGGUUCAGCCAUUUACGCGAAUAGGCAUUACCUGGGAUUGUAUAAGAAAAGACCCAAUAAAAAAUCAAUCCUUCACGGAAAGGGGGACGAACCAUUGUGUUCUAUCCAUCCUGAUGUGUUCAUCGAUCCAACGGCAGUCAUUGAUGCCAGCGCAGUUAUUGGUCCCAAUGUCAGCAUCGGUCCCGGGGUACACGUUGGGGCCGGCGUUAGAAUUCACGAGAGCAUCGUUUUAGCGAACGCCGUAAUCGAAGAUCACAGCCUCAUUUUAUACAGCAUCAUAGGUACAGGCUCGAGGGUCGGAAAAUGGGCCAGGGUCGAGGGAACGCCGACGGAUCCGGAUCCGAAUAAGCCGUUCGCCAAAAUGGAAAAUCUUCCGUUAUUCAACAAAGAUGGCAGGCUCAACCCUUCCAUCACUAUAUUGGGUUGCAGGGUGAGUGUUCCAUCAGAAACGAUAUUGUUGAAUUCUAUUGUUCUUCCGCAUAAAGAAUUGUCCAGAAGCAUAAAAAAUGAAAUAAUAUUGUGAAUUAUAUGUAUGAGUUUUUUCUUUGGUGUUAUUUUCUAAAGGAAGGUAGAUAUACAAAAUGUUAUAUUUCAAAUAUGUACUUGGUUUUUAAUAAGCUGUACCAAAAAAAAGGUUAUUUUAAUCGAAAUAGACGUAAUUUUCCUA